AUGUCUCACACUUGCGAGGAUGAGCAUCACGAUCAUAGCAACCAUGGCCAUGAUCAUACGGCGCCAAUUCCAACGAACGCUGAACAAUCUCUUUACCCAUUCAUCGACACAGCCAAAAUCAUAUGCCUGAACGCUGUUGCACCGGCUUUGCCUGAACGGUUGGAGCUUUACAAGAGCUUUUUGAAGGAACAGGAGUCCAAAUUUGAGUGUGGUUACUAUUUGCAGAGUGAUGCUGAUUGUCAAGUGGUGAUCCAUAUACCAUUUACUGGAGAUUGUAGAUUGUUCUCUGUCAUUUUAAGGACUAAUGCUAAUGAUCCUGAGGCAGAGCUAAAUUCACCAAAGACUAUCAAAUUGUUCAAGAAUUUUAACAGAAAUAUUGAUUUUGAUACGUUGAGUUCUUCAAAAGAAGAUUUAAAAAUUGAACAUCCAGAAGACGUCGGUUUGAGGGAUUCUACUGAGAGCACUAAUAUGGAUGAAAACACAUUUGUUGAGCACUAUUUGCCGAGGCGUAUAUUUCAAAACUGCUCAUCAUUAACUCUAUUUUUGCAGGACAAUUGGUCCAUGGAUGAGGACGAGCUGUGUAGAAUUUACUACGUGGAGUUAAGAGGGGAAUUUAUGGGACAAAGAGUUUUGAACAACGGAGCUCCCAUGCUGAGCGUCUACGAGUCAGCACCAAACCCAGUGGACCAUCAGAAAUUGGAAGCCGAGCAAGACGAAAUAGGCCUCGGCAUGUAA